AUGUCUACUUCCAUUCUUGUCACUAUUCAACAAGGGAUAACGCGAUAUGUUAUGCCAAUAAUGAUUACAAUAGCUAAUUUAAGCAAUAUUUUUUCAAUUCUUAGCUUCUUACAAAAACAUCAACGAUCAAAUUCAUGUUCUAUUUAUCUUGUUUUCGCAGCAACAUUUUCAAUUGUUUCAAUCAAUUGGGCUCUAAUACCAACCAUAUAUGCACUCAAUAAUCCUCCUGAUCCAUUUAGUCAAUCACUUAUUCUUUGUCGUCUUCGAGGUUAUAUUCUUCAAAUAGCCAAUAAUCUCUAUCGAACAUAUCUCAUAUUGGCAUGUAUGGAUCGAUAUGCAACAUCGAGUCCUUCUGCUCGAAUUCGUAGAUGGUCAACGAAGAAAAUUGCUGGGAGAGCAAUUGUUAUUACUAUAAUUGCGUGGAUACUAAUACCAACUCAUCUUCUGAUCUGGGAAACAAUCGAAAACUCAAAAUGUUCAGCAUUCGGAACUUAUGCUACAGUGUAUACGAUCUACUUACUUAUCGUCAUUUUUGCACCUCUUUGUCUUAUCAGUUUGUUUGGUUUUUUAACAUUACAUAAUCUGAAAAGAUUGCACAGUCAUGUUACUCAUUCCAAUGUGAAUACUAUUAUAACUGUAUCAGAAAAAAGAAGAAAACGUGAUAUUGAUUUACAAAGGAUGAUUUUAAUGGAAGUAUUUGUCUAUCUUAUACUUACAUCGGGUUAUCCAAUAGUCUUUCUUUAUACAACACUGACUGCAAAUAUCACAAAUAAAAGUAUCAUAUGUCUCCAAAUUGAAUCAUUUGUUUCAUUCAUGACAAAUUCUUUUCUUCAAUAUCUAAAUAGUGGUUCUCGAUUCUUUAUCUACUUUUUUACUUCUCAUACAUUUCGUGGUGAAGUCAAGAAAUUUAUAUUGAUCCAUCGAUAUGAUAAUACCAUUCAUACUGCACUUGUUGUUGGUAUUCAACAACGACUCACUUGA